AGGUGCCUCCGGCAAUGAGGCACUUUUUGUAUUUAUCACGUCCAAGUCACCAGAUCGCUCGUAAUUUGGUGGUCAACCACAACAAAGUAAUUGUUCCUAACAAAUUUUCAAACUCUCCAAUAUUUGUGAGAUAUUUGUCAAAUAUUCAGAACUUGAACGCAUCUAAAAUCAUGAAAGAUAAAUUUAUGUAUCCUAUUGCAAAAAAGGAUGAAAAAAUUGAGGAUAAUUUUCAUGGCACCAAAAUUAAAGAUGUUUACCGUUGGCUAGAGGAUCCAAAUGGCGAUGAUACACAAAAAUUUGUGGACGCUCAAAACAAUAUCAGCCAACCAUUUCUUGAAGGCUGUGAUAAAUGGGAAAAGUUUAAUGCAAAGCUCACAAAAUUGUGGAACUAUCCCAAAUAUGGGUGUCCAAUGAAAUAUGGAGAUUAUUAUUACUAUUUUAUGAACACCGGCUUGCAAAAUCAGAGCGUUUUGUAUCAGCAGAAGUCUUUAAAAGGCGAAAGCAAAGUAUUUCUCGAUCCAAACAGUUUAUCUGCAGAUGGUACGAUCGCUUUAACCCAGAAAUCUUUUUCUGAUGAUGGUAACUACAUGGCCUACGGUUUGAGUGAAAGUGGCUCAGAUUGGAUAAAGAUUCGCAUUCGAAAUGCAGAAACUGGUGAAGAUUUUCCUGAAAUUUUAGAUAAAGUGAAGUUUACCGAAAUAUCAUGGACAAAAGACAACAAAGGUUUCUUUUAUGGGAGAUACCCAGACCAAGAUGGCACAACCGAUGGCUCCGAAACCAAACAAAACGAAAACCAAAAAUUAUAUUAUCAUCGCAUUGGCGAAAGUCAGGAUAAUGAUGUUCUGGUUGCAGAAUUUCCAGAAGAACCCUCAUGGCGCAUACAAUCUGUGGUAUCUGACUGUGGAAAGUAUUUGAUUUUGGCAAUAGUUAAGGACUGCCGUGAUAAUAUUGUGUAUUAUGCGGACCUCGACGCAGGAAAGGACAUUACCUCAAAAUUGAAUGUUAAAAAAAUUGUCACAAAAUUUGAAUCCGACUACGAUUACAUAACUAAUGAAGGAUCCAAAGUAUAUUUUCGAACAAAUAAAAAUGCGCCGAACUACCGAGUAAUAAUUAUUGAUUUUGAGAAUCCCGACGAAAAAAAUUGGACCACUCUUGUUUCGGAACACGAAAAAGAUGUCUUGGACUGGGUAAAAUGCGUUAGUGGGAAUAAGCUUCUGCUUUGCUAUAUAAGAGACGUGAAAAGCAUUUUGCAAGUUCAUGCACUUGAAACUGGAGAGUUAACACAGCAGUUUGAUUUAGACAUUGGAACUAUUGUAGGCACCUCGGGAAAAAAGAAAUAUUCGGAAAUAUUUUACAAUUUCUCGUCAUUCCUCAAUCCUGGCACAAUCUACCAUUACGACUUUUCAAAACCAGAUAAGAAACCUGAAAUCUUUCGAAAAAUUGAACUAAAUUUGGAAGGCUUCCGACAAGAUGACUAUAAAGUUGAACAAAUUUUUUACAAUAGCAAAGAUGGCACUAAAAUACCAAUGUUCAUAAUUCGAAAGAAACGCGAAACCAUAAAGCCUCGACCCUGCCUUCUGUACGGCUAUGGAGGUUUUAAUAUUAGUAUGCUGCCCUCUUUUGGACUGACUGGUCUUAUGUUUGUAGAUACUUUCGAUGGCGUGCUGGCCUAUCCAAAUAUACGUGGCGGCGGGGAAUACGGCGAAAAGUGGCACAAUGAAGGACGAUUGCUUAAUAAGCAAAAUGUUUUCGACGAUUUUCAGGCAGCUGCUGAGUAUUUAGUUGACAACAAGUACACGACGAAAGACCGAUUAGCUAUUCAGGGCGGAUCUAAUGGUGGUUUACUAGUCGGAGCCUGUAUAAAUCAACGUCCCGAUCUAUUUGGAGCAGCCAUUGCACAAGUUGGGGUAAUGGAUAUGCUACGUUUUCAUAAGUUUACCAUUGGACAUGCAUGGUGCUCUGAUUAUGGAAAUCCUUCAGAAAAGGACCAUUUUGAGAAUCUAUACAAAUUUUCACCUCUGCACAAUGUCCAUACGCCAUGUGGAACGGAUAAGGAAUACCCCUCUACAUUAAUACUGACCGCUGACCACGAUGAUCGCGUUAGUCCAUUACAUUCGUUGAAGUUUAUUGCCGCACUUCAAGAGGCUGUACGUGCCUCAGAUGUUCAGAAGAACCCAUUGUUAUUGCGCGUUUACAAGAAAGCUGGCCACGGCGCUGGAAAGCCGACGUCUAAAAGAAUUGAGGAAUCCACUGAUAUUCUAACAUUUAUGUACAAAAGCCUAAACAUUGAUGUAGUUAAUUUGUAAACUUUGCCAAUGGUGUUCAACAAGUUUUCUACCGUGUGGAAUUUUCACCCACAAUGUAACCAAUAAAUAUGUAUCUUCAUUAAACAUUUUUUAAUUACAAA